AUGCCUGAAUCCGUUUCUCGACACCCGCUGGUGUGGAUAGACUGCGAGAUGACUGGCCUUGACUACGACAACGAUAGCGUCCUCUCAAUCGCAUGUUUCAUCACUGACUACGACCUGAACCUGCUCGACGAGAGCGGCUACGAAGCCACGAUCCACCACGACCGCGAAGUCCUCGACCAAAUGGGAGAAUGGUGCAAGAAACACCACAAAGCAUCGGGGUUGACAGAAGCAGUCAUCGCCUCUACCACCACCGCAGAACAGGCAGCAGAUAAGCUGCUCCAGUACGUAAAGAAGUUUGCGCCAGAGCCUCGGAGAGCACUACUGGCUGGCAACACCGUUCAUGCAGACAAGGCAUUCUUACGGCUAGCACCGUACGAUAAAGUGAUCAAGCAUUUGCAUCAUCGGAUUCUUGAUGUGAGCGCGAUCAAGGAAGCUGCUAGGCGCUGGGCGCCGGAAGAGGUGCUCAAGAAGUCGCCGCAGAAGAAAGGGCUGCAUGAAGCGCGUGCAGAUAUCCUGGAGAGCAUUGCAGAAGCUAGGUAUUACCGAGAUACGUUUUUCCGACCUAAGCCGUCGUAG